GUUUUGCUUUAUUGAUAACUUUCAAUAUAACAAAUAGCUGUUUUUCUAUGUGAUAGCUAACAUGCUGAUUAUAGCUAAGCUAGCUACGUUAGUGUUGUUCUUAUUUGAAUGGAAAUCGAGUAAAAACGAGCUAACUUCUUUCGUCGAGCUAGAAGUGCGCAUAACGACGUGAUUGCUGACAAUCAGACUAGCUAGCUGGAUUUGAAAAACUGCUCCAAAACGGCACGUUUCUUUUUUGGGGGGGGGGACUCUGAUUCAGUCUGCUAAUCUUAGCACGGCUAGCUAGCUAGCUAACGUUAGCUAGUUAUACAUCAUGUGUCAUGACCAAUGACUGUAGGUCAUGACAUAGCUAACGCGUUAGCACCUGCACAGUAAGUAUAUCUCAUCAGACUGAAUUUUCCAGUCCCACUCUACCUGCUGUAACUACUGUAAGAUACGGUAUAAAAACCAGUUGUAAUAUCCUGUUUACGUCCAUAGCAAUCAAUCGUUGCAAUGCUUGCCAGAUUGCCUCAGUCAUUCUCUGAGCUAUCGUUUCUCAGAUCUCUGCAGGCUAAGCAGCUAUAGCUACAGAUCUGAUCUUCUCCUUGUUUUUUUUUUUUUUUUACUAUAGUCUGAGAGUCUACACAGUCUACCUUUCUCUGUCUUUCUAGGACUGUUCUGAAUAUGGCUGUGUCAUACCUCAUGGUCCUUUCAGCAGCUUUGAUCCUUAUCAGUCAUGAAACUCCAGUAACUAAGGCCCUACAUCAGAAUCCCUUUGACUGCUGUGGAGAGCGACAGAGGGUGAACAGCUCGUGCUCAAAUAGCACUCAAUGUGAGCCAGGAUGCUACCUGCGUGUCCUGGAGAACAACACAGCUGUGUGUAUGCACUGUGACUUGGCUAUUGCAGAUCUCGAAAACUUCACGGCUUGCAACUACACAUACAUCACAGACAGGAACAAUCGUACAACAAUAACUACAGUCAUUCCCACAAUUGGUGGUCCGGGUGUGGCAGCCUCUCUUCUGUUUGGAACCCUGUUGAUAAGCCUGUUCCUGAUUCUCUCUGUUGCCUCCUUCUUCUACCUCAAACGCUCCAACCGUCUCCCAGGUAUCUUCUACCGGCGGAAUAAGGCCUACAUAUUCCAACCAAAUGAGACGGCUGUCAUGAUACCAUCGGCGACAUCUUCAGUUAGGAAACCCAGAUAUGUGAGGAGGGAGCGGACCUCAGCACACUCAGCGUCCAGCGCUGCCACCAUCCCCACUGCCACCACCACAGUCUACAAUGUGUAGGGAAGGAGGAGGCCCAAGAGAGGAGGCCUGAGCCAGCCUGUUAGCAGGUGCCAAAUGAGAGGGACAGGAUCAGGCCAGAGCACUAACAGUAAGUUGGUGAGCGUGUGUAGGCCUGUCCCUCCUCUGUAGUGUUGCCUAAGAGGACAGUUUCAUUAAUUCAAAAGCAGGUGGUGCCAGCUUUUUAAACUCUGCAAUACCUGCAGUAUAGCCUUAUUACCAGAAUUCUGUUUUGUAAUGUAAAUAGACCUUUGAUUAUUUAUUUUUAAUCUAUGUAUUUUCUAUUUGGAUUUUAUUCUAUUGCUGUAUAGAAUUGGGCCAAUUGUUUGUUUUACUUUAGCUCUGUAGAGAAUGGAAAGAGGUGGACUGGGGAUCUUUAGUGAUAGCCCUGAAUUUGAGGUUGAUAAUUUCCAAGCUGAUUUAAAUACUCUCAUUGUUCUCAUUUAGUGAAUCUUCUCAUAGGAGUUUUAAAUUGCAUACUUUUGUUUUGUUUCUCUAUGUGGUUUAAGCACUGAACCAAACUGAAUGUAUUAUAAUGAUUUAAUUGAUUAAUACAUGCACAUAUACAAACACUACAAAAUGAGAACAUAAUGUAAAAAUACUUAAAGCUCUUUAAGAGUUCUCCUCACGUUCCAUUAAAGGUGUGGUUCUUCCAGAGCAACACACACCAAGAACAUUACCAUGUGAUCCACUGGCUGUGAAAUAUAUCUUAUGUCUUAUUUAAUUCAUCCCAAAAACAUGGAAAGAUGGAUCCUCAGAAAAUGUUCUUUUUGUAUCAAGUAGGAAAAUGGUCAUCUAAGAGUUGGAUGAAAAAUGCUUCUCAAUAAAAAUCUUUAUAAUAUUCACCCCAACACCGGUAAUAGGACCUGAAAAGGGGUGCUAGCUAAUAUGAAAUAUGCUUUAUCUGGCCAUAAUGCGGGAAAUUCAUGCUGACACCUUGCCUAAUCUUAUCAGAACCACU